CCUGAGGAUGGGGAGUCAAAACUUUGACUCUUGUCAUGUUCUUGACCAUGGGCCUCCAGGGUCCUUCCCUUUCAUCCUUCCCUUCCUACCCCACCUUCCAACUGUGCUUCAAUGCCUUUUCUAUCAUGCCUCUGAUCUUGUAAGCUUCAAUUAUAGUGAUUCUGAGGACUGUCAACUUCUCCUAGGGCAGAUUACCCCCCAGUGCGCCAAACGCCAUAGCUCACUCGUUAAGCUACGAAAUCGAGUUAUUUAACUUUCAGUGGAAAGCUGACGCUGCCAGCUACAACAUAUCCGAUUUUCAGAUCGUUUCACCGAUUGGAGUUUUUGAUAUAGCUAUUCGAAGGUCGCGAGUUUUCUGGGCGUCAUAACGAAGUGCUGCAGAAAUUUCCAAGGAGCCAUUGAAUCAUCUGCUUAUAGCC